GCAAAUUGGCAGCGAUUCUUAAAAAAAAAAACAAGAAGAAGAAGAAAAAAAGAACCCCGUUCCUCUAAAAUAUGUGGCCAGCAAGCAUCCACUGAACGACCAGUUCCGCUCAAAUUGCUGCGAAAAGAUUUUUUUGUUCGCUUUCUAAGACAAGUGACGGACAUGAUCUUCAAGCCAAACUCGUUAUACCCCUGAAGGAAGUGAAGCGAGAAUAACUUGAAGAAGAAGUUCUCCAGCGAGCCACCGGCUCUGAAGCUUUAAACGGACAGCAGCAGUUUUCUAACCCGCAUUGAAAGCUGCAUAAUCGAGGCGAGACGGCGACCUCAGUCGAUUAUCUCUCCUUCCUUUGCUAUCCCAUGGAUAUUCACUGCAAAGCAGACCCAUUCACGGCGAUGCACCCGAGGCAUGGGGGUGUGAACCAGCUAGGAGGGGUGUUUGUGAACGGAAGGCCCCUACCUGACGUGGUUCGGCAGAGGAUCGUGGAGCUGGCACACCAAGGGGUCAGGCCGUGUGACAUCUCCAGACAGCUCCGGGUCAGCCAUGGCUGUGUCAGCAAAAUUCUGGGCAGAUACUACGAAACCGGCAGUAUUAAACCUGGAGUUAUUGGAGGUUCCAAACCAAAAGUGGCCACUCCAAAAGUUGUGGAUAAAAUUGCAGAAUAUAAGCGGCAGAACCCCACCAUGUUCGCCUGGGAGAUCAGAGACCGACUUCUCGCCGAAGGCGUGUGUGACAACGACACGGUUCCAAGCGUAUCCUCCAUCAACAGGAUAAUACGGACCAAAGUUCAGCAGCCUUUCCAUCCAUCUCCAGACGGGACAGGAACUACCCUCACCACAGCCGGACACACUAUAGUGCCUAGCACAGCCUCCCCACCUGUAUCAAGUGCUUCGAAUGACCCGGUGGGCUCCUACUCUAUCAACGGCAUCCUCGGAAUCCCUCGGUCCAAUGGCGAAAAGAGAAAACGUGAUGAUGUUCUCUGGAGUGGCAACCACUUGGAUGGGAGGAAAAUAGGAUAUUAUGGCUCAGAUGGCUCUGGCCCAAACAGUGAUUCUCAGGGUAGUGUGGAGAGUUUACGAAAGCACCUGAGGGCUGAUGCUUUCACUCAGCAGCAGCUGGAGGCUCUGGACCGGGUGUUUGAGCGGCCAUCAUACCCUGACGUCUUCCCAACAUCAGAGCACAUCAAACCAGAGCAGGCUAACGAAUACUCACUACCAGCACUGAACCCAGGACUGGACGAGGUCAAGCCCAGCCUAUCCACCAGCGCCAGCUCCGAACUGGGCUCCAGCGUUUCCCAGAGCUACCCAGUAGUGGCAGGUCGAGACAUGGCCAGCACGACUCUCCCAGGUUACCCCCCUCACGUCCCCCCCACUGGGCAAGGCAGCUACCCCACCUCAACACUUGCUGGAAUGGUUCCUGGAAGCGAUUUUUCAGGAAACCCCUACUCCCAUCCACAAUACACAACCUACAAUGAAGCUUGGAGGUUUAGCAACCCUGCACUAUUAAGUUCCCCUUAUUAUUAUAGUGCCGCAUCCCGGGGCUCGGCCCCUCCCACUGCUGCCACUGCCUAUGACCGCCACUAGUUACCAUGGCAACCACGUCACUCUGCAGCAACACAACCAUGACCCACGCAUCGCACCAGUGUGAACAGUGUUACGGUCCAACAUGGCCAUUCAGCG